AUGGCCUCACAGAGGUCUGUGCGGCUGUCCCUGAAGAAACCCACCUAUGCUGUGUGUGUGGUGGGAGUGGAAAAGCUCGUGGACAUUCGCAGUGAUGUACCCAGGGGCGCCAAGUUCUUUGAGGUCACUGGGAGCUCUGGAGUGGAUCUCUACGUGACCUUUGACUCUGCGCAUGUGACGGAGCCCCAGGGCAAGUCCCACUGGCCCCUGGACGCUGAUGUGGAUGUGGUCGUGUACGUGAAGGAAGCCAGUAGGAUCCUAAAUGACUACAAGGUGAAAGUCUCCUACUAUGAACAUCAGGAAGAUAGUGCCCUGGGCCAGGGGGUGCUCUACCUCACUGGCGUUGACGUCUCCCUCGAUGUGGACAGGGAGCGCACGGGCAAGGUGAAGAGGAGCCGAGGAGACAAGAAAUCCUGGCACUGGGGUCCUGAGGGCUAUGGGGCGAUCCUUCUGGUGAACUGUGAUCGAGACCUUUACAGCUCCGGGGAGCCUGACCAUCGAAACAGUACACUCUCAUCGCUGGCCGACCUGCAGGACAUGUCUCCAAUGGUGCUGACCUGUGAUGGUCCGGACAAGCUCUUUGACAACCACAAGCUGGUCUUGAGCGUGCCCUAUUCUGAUUCCAAACGCGCGGGAGUCUUCUGUGCUCGGGGUGGGAAUUCUUUCUCGAACUACAAGCAGGUGCUUGGACCUCAACACCUGUCGUACGAGGUUGAGCGGCAGCCGGGGGAGCGGGCAAUCAGCUUCUACGUGGAGGGGCUUGCCUUCCCAGACGCAGAUUUCUUGGGGCUGGUCUCCUUCAGCGUCAGCCUGGUGGACACGGGGACCCUGCCAGAGGCGCCCCUCUUCACAGACACUGUGACCUUCCGUGUAGCCCCCUGGAUCAUGACCCCCAACACUCAGGCCCCCUUGGAGGUGUAUGUAUGCAGGGUGGAAGACCUGCAUGGCUCCAAUAAGGCAUUCUUGGAGGAUGUAGCCAAUCUGGCAUUGAAAGCCAACAGCGAGAUGGUCAUCUGCCCUCAGGUGGACAACCGGAAUGACCGCUGGAUCCAGGACGAGAUAGAGUUUGGUUACAUCGAGGCCCCGCAUAAAGCGUUUCCCGUGGUCUUUGAUUCUCCCCGAAACAGAGGUCUGAAGGAUUUCGCCUAUAAGAAGAUUCUGGGCCCUGACUUUGGCUUUGUGACCCGGGAGAUCUCGUCUGGCAGGAUCUCGAGCCUCGACUCUUUUGGCAACCUGGAAGUCAGCCCUCCUGUCACUGUGGGGGGCAAGGAGUACCCCCUGGGCCGGAUCCUCAUUGGCAGCAGCUUCCCCAGGUCCGGGGGGCGGCGGAUGUCCAGAGUGGUUUUCAACUUCCUAAAGGCUCAGCAGGUGCAGGCGCCUGUGGAACUCUACUCGGAUUGGCUUUCCGUGGGCCACGUGGACGAGUUCCUGAGCUUCGUCCCCACCUCAGACCCAAAGGGCUUCCGGCUGCUCUUGGCUAGCCCCAGUGCCUGCCUCAAACUGUUCCAGGAGAAGAGAGAGGAGGGCUAUGGAGAGGCGGCCCUGUUUGACGAUUUGAAAUACAGGAAGAAGAUAACCAUUAAUGAGCUACUGAGGGACAAAACCCUGCGGAGUAACAAUCACUAUGUACAGAGCUGCAUCGACUGGAACCGGGAGGUGCUGAAGCGGGAGCUGGGCCUGAAGGAACGUGACAUCAUCGACAUCCCCCAGCUCUUCUCACUGUCUGCCUCUGUUGCAACAGCUCUCUUCCCUGAUAUGGUCAACAUGGUGGUCUUAGGCAAGUACCUGGGCAUCCCCAAGCCCUUCGGACCCAUCAUCAAUGGCCGCUGCUGCCUGGAGGAGAAGGUGCGGUCCCUGCUGGAGCCACUGGGCCUGCGCUGCAUCUUCAUCGACGACUUCCUUUCAUACCACGAACUCCUAGGCGAGGUGCACUGUGGCACCAACGUGCGCCGGAAGCCCUUCUCCUUCAAGUGGUGGAACAUGGUGCCCUGA